AUGGGUAACCUGAAGAGUGUAGGCCAGGAGCCUGGGCCGCCCUGCGGACUGGGACUGGGACUGGGCCUCGGGUUGUGCAGCAAGCAGGGUUCACCCACCCGUGCCUCCGCCACUGAGCCCAGCCAGGCCCCGGCACCAGCUCUGGCACCCGCUCCAGCAACACCAGCACCUGUGCCAGACUCCAGCCCCGUGCUCUCGAGGCCCCCAGAGGGCCCCAAGUUUCCCCGUGUGAAGAACUGGGAGGUGGGAAGCAUCACUUAUGACACGCUGAGUGCCCAGUCACAGCAGAAUGGACCCUGCACAGCCAAACGCUGCCUGGGCUCCCUGGUGUUUCCACGGAAGCUGCAGAGCCGGGGCACUCCUGGCUCAGCAGCCCCAGAGCAGCUGCUGAACCAGGCCAGAGACUUCAUUGACCAGUACUACAGCUCCAUCAAGAGGAGUGGCUCCUUUGCCCACGAGCAGCGACUGCAGGAGGUGGAGGCUGAGGUGGCGACCACAGGCACCUACCACCUGCGGGAGAAUGAACUGGUGUUUGGAACCAAGCAGGCCUGGCGCAAUGCCCCUCGUUGUGUGGGCCGAAUCCAGUGGGGCAAAUUGCAGGUAUUUGAUGCACGGGACUGUACCUCUGCCCAGGAGAUGUUCACUUACAUCUGUAACCACAUCAAAUAUGCCACAAACAGAGGCAACCUCCGCUCGGCCAUCACCGUGUUCCCCCAACGCACCCCUGGACGUGGAGAUUUCCGGAUCUGGAAUAGCCAGCUGGUGCGCUAUGCGGGGUAUAGGCAACAGGACGGGUCUGUGCGGGGAGACCCCGCCAACGUGGAGAUCACCGAGCUCUGCAUACAACAUGGCUGGAGCCCCGGGAAUGGCCGUUUCGAUGUGCUUCCGCUGCUGCUCCAGGCCCCAGAUGAGCCUCCAGAGCUCUUCACUCUGCCCCCUGAAUUGGUCCUCGAGGUGCCUCUGGAGCACCCCACGCUGGAAUGGUUUGCUGAGCUGGACCUGCGCUGGUACGCCCUCCCAGCUGUAUCCAACAUGCUGCUGGAAAUCGGAGGCCUGGAGUUCCCUGCAGCCCCGUUCAGUGGCUGGUACAUGAGCACUGAGAUUGGUACUCGGAACCUGUGUGACCCCCACCGCUACAACAUUCUGGAGGAUGUGGCCGUGUGCAUGGACCUGGACACCAGGACAACCUCGUCUCUCUGGAAAGACAAGGCAGCCGUGGAGAUCAAUGUGGCAGUGUUGCACAGCUACCAGCUGGCCAAGGUAACCAUUGUGGACCACCAUGCUGCCACUGCCUCCUUCAUGAAGCACUUGGAGAAUGAGCAGAAGGCGCGUGGGGGCUGCCCCGCUGACUGGGCCUGGAUUGUGCCUCCCAUCUCGGGUAGCCUCACCCCUGUCUUCCAUCAAGAGAUGGUCAACUACGUCCUGUCCCCGACCUUCCGCUACCAGCCAGACCCCUGGAAAGGGAGUGCAGCCAAGGGAACUGGCAUCACCAGAAAAAAGACCUUCAAGGAAGUUGCCAAUGCAGUGAAGAUUUCCGCCUCCCUCAUGGGCACGGUGAUGGCCAAGCGCGUGAAGGCCACCAUCUUGUACGGUUCAGAGACAGGUCGUGCCCAGAGCUAUGCACAGCAUCUGGGGAGACUCUUCCGGAAGGCUUUCGACCCCCGGGUCCUGUGCAUGGAUGAGUAUGAUGUGGUAUCCCUGGAACAUGAAACACUGGUGUUGGUGGUCACCAGCACGUUUGGGAAUGGGGAUCCUCCAGAGAAUGGAGAGAGUUUUGCUGCAGCCCUCAUGGAGAUGUCGGGUCCCUACAACAGCUCCCCCAGACCAGAACAGCACAAGAGCUAUAAAAUUCGCUUCAACAGCAUCUCUUGCUCUGACCAGCUAGUGUCCACAUGGCGGCGGAAGAGAAAAGAAUCCAGCAACACAGACAGCGCCGGGGCACUGGGCACCCUCAGGUUCUGUGUGUUCGGGCUGGGCUCCCGGGCAUACCCCCACUUCUGUGCCUUUGCCCGCGCCGUGGACACGCGGCUGGAGGAACUGGGCGGGGAGCGGCUAUUGCAACUGGGCCAGGGUGAUGAGCUCUGUGGCCAGGAAGAGGCUUUCCGAGGCUGGGCCCAAGCUGCCUUCCAGGCCUCCUGCGAGACCUUCUGUGUGGGAGAGGAUGCGAAGGCUGCAGCGCAAGAUAUAUUCAGCCCCAAACGGAGCUGGAAGCGCCAGAGGUACCGGCUGAGCACCCAGGCAGAGGGCCUCCAGUUGCUGCCAGGCCUGGUUCACGUGCACCGACGCAAGAUGUUCCAGGCAUCUAUCCUGUCAGUGGAGAACCUGCAAAGCAGCAAGUCUACCCGGGCUACGAUCCUGGUGCGCCUAGACACAGCAGGCCAGGAGGGGCUCCAGUACCAGCCGGGGGACCACAUUGGAGUGUGCCCGCCCAAUCGGCCUGGCCUGGUGGAAGCACUGCUGAGCCGUGUGGAGGACCCGCCGCCCUCUGGGGAGCCUGUGGCUGUAGAGCAGCUGGAGAAGGGCAGUCCUGGUGGCCCUCCUCCAGGCUGGGUGCGGGACCCCCGGCUGCCCCCCUGCACGCUCCGCCAGGCCCUCACCUUCUUCCUGGACAUCACCACCCCACCCAGCCCACGGCUGCUGCAGCUGCUCAGCACAUUGGCGGAGGAACCUGGAGAGCAGCAGAAACUGGAGACCCUCAGCCAGGACCCUCGGCGUUAUGAGGAGUGGAAGUGGUUCCGCUGUCCCACGCUGCUGGAGGUGCUAGAACAGUUUCCGUCUGUGGCAUUGCCCGCACCACUGCUCCUCACGCAGCUGCCCCUGCUCCAGCCAAGGUACUACUCGGUCAGCUCAGCACCCAGCGCCUACCCUGGGGAGAUCCACCUCACAGUGGCAGUGCUGGCCUACCGAACACAAGAUGGCCUAGGUCCCCUCCACUAUGGAGUCUGCUCCACGUGGCUGAGUCAACUCAAAGCCGGAGAUCCUGUCCCCUGCUUCAUCAGGGGGGCUCCUUCCUUCCGGCUACCCCCUGACCCCAGUUUGCCCUGUAUCCUGGUGGGCCCAGGUACUGGCAUCGCUCCCUUCCGGGGGUUUUGGCAAGAGCGACUGCACGACAUUGACAGCAAAGGAUUGCAGCCCUGUCCGAUGACCUUGGUGUUCGGCUGCCGAUGCUCCCAGCUAGACCACCUCUACCGCGACGAGGUGCAAGAUGCCCAGCAGCGUGGGGUGUUCGGACAUGUCCUCACUGCCUUCUCCCGGGAACCUAACAGCCCUAAGACAUAUGUACAGGACAUUCUCAGAACGGAGCUGGCCCAGGAGGUCCACCGCGUGCUGUGCCUCGAACGAGGCCACAUGUUCGUCUGCGGAGACGUCACCAUGGCAACCAGUGUCCUGCAGACGGUGCAGCGCAUCCUGGCGACGGAGGGCGCCAUGGAGCUGGACAAGGCCGGUGAUGUCAUCGGCGUGCUACGGGAUCAGCAACGCUACCACGAGGACAUUUUUGGGCUCACCCUGCGCACCCAGGAGGUGACAAGCCGCAUCCGAACCCAGAGCUUUUCUUUGCAAGAGAGGCGCCAGCGAGGAGCAGUGCCCUGGGCUUUUGACCCUCCAGGCCCAGACACUCCAGGCCCCUGAGAAUUCUCUUAUUUUCCAUCCAGUUCUCAGAAAGGGGCUGCAAUUCCAACCAGGCUUUGCCCACUCCUGGCCUGCCCCUCCUGAGGUGCCUUCUAGACUGUGUCCAGAGUCUGCAGAGAUUCCUCAUUCUCUCAGAAGAAGCAAAAGUUCCUUUCAUUCAGGCCAGGUCCCUUGCCGGAGUCUGACUAGUGAGAAGGCCCCUCCAGGACUCGCAGUCCUCUUUCCUGUUCUUAUGGUGAAUUUAGAUUCCCUUGACCUCUCUCUAGAGGAUCUUCUUUUGAAAUCUUAAUCUUUCAAUCACUCAAAUAUUUAUUAUUGAAGAUUCACCAUUAGAGCUUGUCCAGAUAUUCUUAGAGUUACUAAGAUGCCUGCCCCAACCCUGUCCAUUAAAAUGACAGAAUGACA